AUGCAGAGCACGGUGCAAAACUUCCGGGAAGGAUUGUGGAAUCCGAGUACGGUAAAUAGCUUACUGCUUGCCGGAACAUUCGCGGACAAUGGUGGGAGAAGCCUGUCGGAGGAAAUAACUCGUGGACAAAAAACCGGUUCCACCGAGCGCGAUGAUAACAACAACGAUGGGAGCGAAGAUGUCGAUGCGGAGGACAGCGAACAGGAUGAAGAUGUACCGGAAACGAGUACCCAUGGCAGUGACCGAACGUUGGAACCCAUGAACAGUUCCGUCGGAUCGUUACGUGCUUUUUGUGACGAACAGAGCGGUACCCAGGAGGUGGACGUUCAAGGCACAGCCCCACCCAGUCCGGAUUCUGCUGUACUGCGCGUAAAGUGGCAACUGGUUCCGCUAGACCAGCACGCAACAUUGGUGGAAUUGGCGCAGGCCAUUGACGUGUGCCGGUCCCUGGUACGCUCGAACGCUUACGGACCGGACACGGAGCAAAGGAAAUGGUUGAUAAGACAUUUGGUGGAGCUGCGGUACCGAUACCGGGAGCUGCUCGAUUACUCGCGCGAUCCGGAGGCGGUGCUGGAAGAGACGGAAGUUAUACUUGGGCAUCAUUUCGUACGCCGGAAACAGUUCCCCUUCCAGCAGCUGCAACACAAACGGAACCUGUACUGCGAUCACUGUUCGGGUGUCAUUUGGAACGUGGUGCAGGCGUCGUACGUUUGCAAUGAUUGUUCCUUUGCCGUGCAUCACAAAUGCUUGCGCAGCGUAAUCCGUAUCUGUGCACACGUUGUAACGACGGAACACAAGCAACCGAUUGAAUGUAUCUGCCCAGAGAUUGGAUUGGCCUUUCAGAAGUACACAUGCGCUGAAUGUGGAACGCAGCUGAGCUACAAUACAUCCACCGCCAUAAACUGUUUCGGUCUGGAGUUUAAAGCAGAGAAACUGAAUUCGAUUCAACCGCGGUUGUGUGAUUACACCGGCCUGUACUACUGUCCAUCCUGCCACUGGAACGAUACCAGCAUAAUUCCCGCACGGGUCACCAACAACUGGGACUUUGUGCCGCGCAAAGUUUGUCGUGCGUCACGGCAGCAGAUCAAUCUACUGCUACACAAACCCGUCAUCCGGUUGGAGGAGAAAAAUCCGCGUCUGUUUACCUUUAUUCCACAGUUGGCCGAAGUGAAGCGGGUUCGUGUGCAGCUCGGUGAAAUGAAGCGGUACCUCAUCGCCUGUCGUUUGGCCGAUGAGGUCAAACUUGUGACGAAACAAAUCGGAGAACGGCGUCAUUUGAUGGAAUCGGUCGAGCUGUACAGUGUGGCGGAUCUAGUUGGCGUAGAAGAUGGAACGUUGGUAGGUCAGCUUCGUACGUUGCGCGCCACAUUCGAACAUCACAUAAGAACUUGUUUGAUCUGCUCCGGUAAAGCAUACAUCUGCGAGUUUUGCAACAAUGAUCAGAUUUUGUUUCCGUUCGACGACAACGCCAUCAGCUGUACACGUUGCAGCACCGUCAGCCAUCGGGAAUGUUACCAGCGCAAGAAGAUGAAAUGUGCAAAGUGCACACGGUUACGACGCCGUGCUUUGCAAACUUUGCGCGAACAGCUGGACCUAGAAAACGGGAACUGA